GACAAGUAUAAUCUAACCGAUUUUAAAAAUAUAAUUUGGAUAAAGAUACCACAACAGCUCAUCUUUAAGAAAACAAAAUGACGACAGUACGCCCUGAAACCACGCAAGAUAUUGAGUCAAUUCCUGGACGUCACAAUAACCAGGCAAUACUGCAAGUUAUAAACGAAAAAAUAUUAGAAAGGACAGACAGGCGUCCCUUCUAUAUUGUCAAUUUGAAUGACAUCGUUAACAAGCACAAGCACUGGGUGGAACUGAUGCCACGUGUCAAACCCUUCUACGCUGUGAAAUGUAACAACACUGAGCCUGUCGUGAAGACCAUUGCGGCACUUGGAGCGGGUUUUGACUGCUCCAAUAGCGCUGAAUUCCAGCAGGUUCUAACCCAUGGGGUGGGAACAGAUCGGAUUAUAUAUGCCCAUCCCUGCAAAGAUCCCCAAGACAUCAAACGUGCCUCAGAACAAGGAGUCGACCUUAUGACCUUUGACAACGAGUAUGAGUUAGUCAAGAUAAAGAAUCUCUAUCCAGACGCAAGACUUGUGUUACGCAUUCACCCACGAGUUGACAAGACUAGGUAUACAUUUGGCAAUAUGUAUGGUUGUGCCCUCGACCAAUGCAAUGAACUAAUUGUGAGGGCAAAAGAAAUGAAACUGACGGUCGUGGGUGUCAGUUUCCAUAUCGGUGACACCUGUUUCGAUUCCAUGGCCUACCAAAACACCAUACGAUUGUGCCAUGAGAUCUUUGAUGAAGCCAAAGCCAUUGGCUACAACUUCAGUUUACUGGACAUUGGUGGAGGGUUCCCCGGUUAUGCAGUCAAAGGAAAACCAACAUUUGCUGAUGUUGCCAAAGACAUAAACACGGCUCUGGACGAAUAUUUCCCCAAGGAAGAAAAUGUUGUUGUCAUUGCUGAACCUGGAACAUACUACGUGCAGUCGGCCUUCACCUUGGCACUUAGAGUUAUCGGUAAACGAGUUUUACGCUCGGCAGCCUCGGACAUGGACCACGAACAGUCGUUCUUGUACUACCUCAAUGAUGGUAUUCAUGGGUCAUUCUUUUUCACAGUGCUGGUUGACAAAGCGAUUCCAGGUUUUCGUGUUAUCAAGAAGAAAAGAUACCACAACAAAAUGACAACAGCGCGCCCUCGAAUUACGCAAGAUAUUGAGCGACAUCCAGGGCGUCACAAUAACCAGGCAAUACUGAAAGUUAUCCAAGAAAAGAUUAUGGAAGAGAAAGACAGGCGUCCCUUCUAUAUUGUCAACUUGGAUGACAUCGUUAACAAGCACAAGCACUGGGUGAAACUGAUGCCUCGUGUCAAACCCUUCUACGCCGUGAAAUGUAACAACACUGAGCCUGUCGUGAAGACCAUUGCGGCACUUGGGGCGGGGUUUGACUGCGCUAGCAGCGCUGAAUUCCAACAGGUUCUAAACCAGGGGGUGGGAACAGAUCGGAUUAUAUAUGCCCAUCCCUGCAAAGAUCCCCAAGACAUCAAACGUGCCUCAGAACAAGGAGUCGACCUUAUGACCUUUGACAACAAGUAUGAAUUAAUCAAGAUACAGAGUCUCUUUCCUGACGCCAGGCUUGUGUUGCGGAUUUGCCCACAAGUAAACAAGGGUGUUUAUGAAUACGGCGAAAUGUAUGGUUGCGCCGUCGACCAAUGCAAAGUACUUCUUGAGAAAGCAAAAGAAAUGACACUGGUGGUCGUAGGGGUCAGUUUUCAUAUUGGUGGAUUCUGUUUCGAUUCCAUGGCCUACCAAAACACCAUACGCUUGUGCCGUGAAAUCUUUGAUGAAGCCAAAGCCAUUGGCUACAACUUCAGCUUACUGGACAUCGGUGGAGGGUUCCCCGGUUAUGCAGUCAAAGGCAAACCAACAUUUGCUGAUGUUGCCAAAGACAUAAACACGGCUCUGGACGAAUAUUUCCCCAAGGAAGAAAAUGUUGUUGUCAUUGCUGAACCCGGAACAUACUACGUUCAGUCGGCCUUCACCUUGGCACUUAGAGUUAUCGGUAAACGAGUUCAACGCUCGGCGCCCUCAGACAAGGACCCUGAACAGUCAUACGUGUACUAUCUCAAUGAUGGAAUGCAUGGGGCAUUCCUUUUCACAAUGCCAUCAUAUGUCGAAAGGCUUAAUGCAGAGUUUUACGUUUUCAAGGAAAAAGACAAAAUGCCGGUCUAUCAAAGCACAUUGUGGGGUCCAACACUCAGCCCUACUGAUCUCCUGGUACAGAACAUCCUAUUGCCCGAGCUGGACAUAGGAGACUGGUUGUACGUGCCUAACAUGGGGGCAUACACUACUGUGCUUGCAACCUCCUUCAACGGGAUUGCUCGACCGGAAUUAUUCUGCCUGGUGUCUGAUGAAAUUAAAGCAGGACGUGGAAUUUAGGGCAACAGUUUAUGUGUUUGUAUGCAUAUAUUUGCAUAGAGGAGAUAUCAAUUACUAGAACAAGAUCAACGAAAAACUGAGCUCAACUCCGCGUGCGGGCAGAUAAACAGAUAAUGGUGGCAAAAAUCAAUGAAAAUUGGCAAAAUGAAAGAAAUAUUGAAUACAUCGUUAAUAUUUAGGACAGUCUUUUAUAUAGGUAAUAUUUAGUAAAGUUAUAGUAAAUCAACAGCAUGUAUUACUUGGAACAAUUAUUUAUAAACAUUU